AUGUACCCAACACGCUGGAUAAAUAGGUAACUCUGAUUAUCAAUCAUAGUAAUGCUGGCGGUCGGGAUCGACCAAUAGCUGAUGAGUUUACAAGUGUGAUUUUUCCAGUAUAUUGAAGCUUACGACAGAAAAAAAAACUAUUAGAGAGACCUGUUCCACCCUCUCUGUGUUGGAGGUGGACGAGAUCUGAAAAAUUUAAAGGUUAUUGAUGCAAACUAGACUAGUAAUAUAAUGAUUUUGUCUAUUUCACUCCUUAGGUCUUCAUCCAUUGGUUGCCAACGUCUGAGAAUCUUCUGUAAACAUGUUGUAAGUGUCACUCUAGGCUUAACAACAGUAUCAUCAUUAGAUGAAGGCACUGAAGGGAUAAUUGAUGUUAUAACUCAAACACUUUUUAGCCAGGGCCGCUAGUAGUAAGAAAUAAAAAUAAUUGGAUAAUGUCUAUUCUCUAAUUAGCCCCCCCCCCCUUGAAUGAUCCCCACCUCUCUCUGAUGAGCCUCCCCCUUCUGAUGAGACCCUUCUCUUUGGAAAGCCUUUCUCUGGUCAAAUAAAGGCUCCCUAUCUGAUAAACCCCUCUCUCUCUUUAAAGCUCCCAUUUUUGAACAGGUCUAGAAAGUCAAGUUUUUAAUGAGGCCCCUCUUUAACAAAUCCCACCCUCUCUAAGAAGCCCCCCUCUCUCUGUUCAGCCCUCCUCUCUAGUAAGCCCCUGGUCCACUGCUACAAGUCUCCACAAGCUCCCUCAUAGUUUACCAGAGUGUUAAUGGGUAUUGUUCAGAGCCAUCUGAUACUCUGCUGAUAGCCAGCUGAUUAUUGAACAACACUCACCAGGCCAUCAACCAAUGUCUUGAAGCCACUGAAAAUGGUUGACAUCUCAAAGGAGUAAUUGACUGACUUUCAUAUAUUGGUUAAGUGUGGGUUAACCAUCAGCUAAUUUUUCCUAAAAAAAAUACCCUAGACUGUUUUCUGAGGGACUUACUCCCACUUCCCAAUCCUAUUACCUUGUAUGCUGACAUGGAUAGGAUAAUGAGAUAUAGAUUGUGAUCAUUGUCUGUGUUUGAACUAUUUAUAGACAUUGAAAUGACCAACCUGAUUCCAAAUAAUUUUUUCCUUUCAGAGGAUGAAAUCUACCAGUGCAGAAAUGGUAAUAACUGAUUAAGUAACUGAUAUUUCUCUAUUUAUCUUUUAUUUAUUGAAUCCUGUUUUCAAGUAACAAACCUUGAGGCCCUUUGAAGUGUCCUCUGGCAUCAGUGUAACAAUAAACUUCUACACCAUACCUUAAUUUAACUGCCUCCUUUAAAUAUCAUUUUUUUGAUUUUGGUCUUUUUGUAGACGAGAAGUAAUUCUCUACAAUCUACUACACAUUUCUUAUGAUCAGAGCCUUAAAAAUUUUCCAUUAAAUCAAACAAAAUCCCUUACUUGAUACAAUAACUUUUCUUUCUUCUCCUCACUUCUCUGCUUGAAAAAAAAUUAUUUCCUUUUGGUCACUCCCUGGAGUGAAAAGUUUGAUGUUUCAUUCUUACUAAAAAAAAAUAAUCUGCAAUAUCCCUAUUAUCAUGUAAUAUAUUUUCUUAGGGCAUAUCAAUUAAUAGGGUAUAUGAACUAAAAGGUAAGUUUCCUUUUUUGUAUUGAACUUUUCAUGGAAUGUUAGCAUACUCUUUCUCAGUUAAACAUUAAUAUUCUCCAAGCCAAAUGUAAUGUGUGAUUUCCCGUCUGCUGAAAUCUUCCAGGAAGCAGAGGUAUUACUUGAAGUAAAAAAUAAAGUUGGUGUCAUCACUCUAAAUCGUCCAAAGGCACUGAAUGCUUUGAAUCUGAAUAUGAUCAGGGACAUCUACCCAGUGUUAAAGGUAAAAGUUCACUUAACCCUCUAACUCCCAAGAUCUGAUUGUUAAUUCUCCCCUCUAGUUACUACAAGAUGACAACUUCUACCUGAUAAGACUAAAAUUAUGAUAAUUGAAAAUGAAAUUUAUAAUUUUGUUUUCCCAGAGGAGUCUGUAAAAUGCAUAUACGCAGAUGCAUCUCUAACUCAAUAAUUUGGGUGUACAUUUAACACCCUCUCAGGGAAGUGGAGGUGGCUGGUAAUGAGUAUUUACUGAGUUGCAAUGUGUCUGAGUAAACAUCCACUGCUCAGAGCCUCAGACACUGAGAUAAAUAAUUGUUUUAAUAUGCACUAAAACAAUGAGAUAAUAUAGCAAAAAAAAGAUAUUUAAACUUCAUACAUUCCUGCAAGGAUUACAAUAUUUGAGUGCAAAUCUUUAGCGAGUUGCAUGGAGGUAAAUAGCAAAAGAUAUUUGGAGUUUGAGUUGCCAAUCAGAGCACAUCUCAACACAAUUCACUGUUUAGUAUAUGUAAAGAAAGUUUAUGAAAUAUGUUCUUUCAAAUAUGAAAAUGUAUUUUUUAAAGAAAGGGGAAAUAAAUAAUUUUUUUCAGGAAUGGGAGGCUGACCCAGCAGUAAGUUUAGUCUUGAUUAAAGGAGCAGGAGAUCGUGCCUUUUGUGCAGGUGGUGAUGUCAGGGGUGAGUUUGAAUUGAGUGUGCCAACAAUGUGGGAUCAUAUCAACAUCUCUGGUUAUGAUUAUUCUGGAAACAUUUCAACCUUUCACUGGUGUGAAUGUUGGUGGUGAGAACACCACUAAAAGCACAAACAUAGUUGGUAUUUUUUGUAAAUAACUUGUUUUGUAAAAUUCAUUAAACUUAAAGCUAUCAAAAUCAUGCUCCAACAUGAUAAUUUAUAUUUAGAAAUCUUACAUUGCAAAUAAAAACCUUACUAUUAAAUAAAUCUGAAAGUACCUGCAACUACUUCCCAUGUCAAUUCAAAUUAUGGAACUAAAAGAAGAGCCAUUCAAUUUAUUUCCUUGGUGAGAAAAUCUAACAUUUAUCGUUGUCACCAAUUUGUGAAUAGCUUGUGAUGUCCUUCAUUCUGCCUCUAGAAGUCAAAGUCCAUCAUUUGAUCUUUGAAUGUGUACUGCUAUUGACUUAUUAUAAAUGUUUAUACUUGACCCUUUACAAACUAACAUCAGUACACAUAUUCUUCAUACUGUUUUCUGUUCAUUUCUAAGAUGCUGGAAAGGAGAAUUAGUUAACCAAUUAAGAGCAUCUUUAGUUGGUGAUCAUUUCCUUUAUUCUUGUGACCUAAAUGUGUGAUUCAGGGGUCAUACUGUAAGGAGAAUUUAGAUGCUAGUCACCUGUAGGUUAGAAUUAAUUAAUGAUUAUGGUAACUGUAAAUGAAAUUAGAUAUUAACUUAACACUUUUUAAAUUCACAGCUGUAGCUGAAGCUGGGAAAAAGGGGGAUGAUCUUACCAAGCUGUUCUUUAAAGAGGAAUACAUGUUAAAUAAUGCAAUUGGUGAGUUAAUUUGUAUUUCUCCCCCAAAAAAUGAUUUGCCAGUUUGAAAUUUUUUUCAGAAAGUUUUCUCUUUCAAGUACAAUACAUGUAUGAUACAAGAUGCAGGAAACAGAUUUGAUGCACACUUAGGGUCUCUAUGCAUUGUAUUUACUUUUGAUUAGUGUUAGGGGUUGCUGCAUUUAAUUCUAUGUUAAAUCAACUUUCAGGAACACUUAAAACUCCUUAUGUGGCAUUCAUCAAUGGAAUAACAAUGGGAGGGGUGAGUAUAUAUUAAUACUUGUCAACUGAAAUGCAUGGCUUCAGUUUUGUUGUCCAGUUCUUCUUCAGUGGAUGAUUUGAUGUUUGUGUUAAUGUUUGUUGUUAGGGUGUUGGUUUAUCUGUCCAUGGCCACUUCCGAGUUGCUACAGAACGCACAGUGUUUGCUAUGCCAGAAACUGCAAUAGGUAUGGCCAAAAUAGACAUUUUGCUUCAAAGUUAUUGUAUGGAUUAUAGAGCUCUCAAGUUGAUUUACUGCCAAAGGGUGAGAUUUUUGACUGCAUAGCUGUCACCUGUGAUGCUGCAGGCAUCACUCUCCUGCAGGUGGUAGGGGGAAUGGGAUGCUACCUUGUAAAAUUGUGAAAAAUGGGCAUGUGUUUAGAGGUGCAUGUUACUGUUGGAAUAAGAACUUUCACUGAUAAAAAAUAUUCAAAGAAGUAUUUUUUCUGUCAAAUAAUUCUAACUGACAGAGGGGUGGUUGAUUAUAAGUUCUAUUUUUGUAUUCAACAAAUCAUUAUUUUUUAAGGUCUUUUUCCUGAUGUUGGAGGUGGUUACAUGUUACCUAGAAUGAAAGGAAAGUUAGGACUUUACCUUGCGUUAACAGGUGAGAAGAACUGAAUAUUUGUUGGAGUAUUUCUUUUAAUAUUCAAUAUUUAAUCUCUCAUUCAGUUUUUCUUUCUCAUUUUCAUUUUCAUUGUAUCAUUAUUUGGUAGUUAUACAAUCCCUUCCAUAACCCUACCCACCCUGCCCUGCCAAUAAUAGCUUUGUAUGUGUGUUCCCAGAGACUUCUAACUUAACAUGUCACUCUUAAGGUCAUAGAUUAAAAGGUUAUGACAUCAAACAUGCUGGAGUAGCUACACACUUUGUUACAAGUGAGAAGGUAAGAACUGAAAGUUCACCAUUGCAAGCUACCUCCUCUUAUAUUUCAUUUUUUUUUCAUAUUUCUUAAGGAUAAAAGGUAGACGGCUUAUGGUAGAUUAUUACCACAAGCUUUCUUGCCUAACAUCCUCUACUCUAUGGCAACCAGUUCAGUUGGUCCUUAAUACGGUUUUAAAAUUACUGAUGUGCAUUUUAGGUAAAGCAAUGUGAUUAUGGGAAUUGGGUUUUUAUCAUAAUAAUCAUUUUGUAAUUUGAUAUUUGAAUAAGAUUCAAUCUAAUGUUAUUUUUAUUUACAGUUAACAGACCUUGAGUCAGCAUUACUCAACCUUCCUGAUCCACAGAUGAAUACAGUGCAAAAUGUUUUGGAUAAUUAUGAUGAGAUGGUAAAAAAAUUGUUUUUGUUGUUUUAGUUGUUUUUAAAUAUUUAUCUCUAGGAGUUACAGUCGUUAAGUUUGUCAAACACAAAGAUAAAAUAUUAAAAGGCAAAAUUAACUUUUUAACAACAGUGCUCUGAUGAAGAACAGAAGGAGUUUGUGCUUGAGAAAUACAUACAUCAAAUUGACAGGUGAGUUAAAUAUUUGUUUCAUUGUUAUACCAUUUUCAGCUGUGAACAUUUAAGAUUUGUUCUUGUUUUUGUUGUUGUUGUAAAUGCCCCAGGCCAAAAAAUUGCUUUUCAUUUUGAAAUUUUUUUCAAAACACAUUUAAGAAUUAUCAUUUUUGUUGUUCUUCUUCUUAUGAACUUUCUAUUAUUAAAUGUACUAUGGAACAUUUUAAGAGAGAUUUAACUUUGAUUAAACCUGUUAAUUUUUCAUGUAAAUUAUGAAUAAUUUACUUGUUUCAUUGUAAUACCAUUUUCAGCUGUGAGCAUUUAAGAUUUGUUCUUGUUUUUGUUGUUGUUGUAAAUGCCCCAGGCCAGCUCUUACUUUUAAACACAUUUAAGAGUGUCAUAUCUUUGCUAUGGAACAUUUUAAGAGAGAUUAGCUUUGCGUGUGUGGUAUAUGUGUGUGUGUACAUUCACAUACACCUAUUUCAUUAUAUACGCUCAGAGGCUCUUUGAGAACCAUUGAGAACAUUACUAAGCAUUUUUCCUAAUAAAAAAAUCUGUUGAACAGCUGCUUUGACAAACCAACUAUAGAGGAAAUUUUAAAGGCAUUAAGGGAUGAUGGAUCAGAUUGGGCCAUGAAACAAGUUGAGGUAUGGCCGCUAUCUUUAGCCUUAAACCCUUUGACCCCUGAGAGUGACUAGCAUCUAAUUUCUCCUUACAAUAUCAACCCUGAGUUACACUCUAAGGUCAUACUUGAAUAAAGGAAAUGAUCACCAACUAUAGAAGCUCUUGAUUUUUAAACAAAUUCUCCUUGUCAGCACCUUAAAAAAUGUAUAGAAAACAGUAUGGGGAAUAUAGAUACUGAUGUUAGGGUGUCAAGGGUUAAUUGAGUUUAUAUUGAUGAUCAGAAAUACUGACCAACAUUGGGUUACUAAUUAUUCAGUCAUGUUGUCUUGACAAGUUUCAUGUUCAUUUGUGGCUAAUAUCUGGCCCAUAAAACCAUCUGCUAUGAAAUAAUUUCAUCAUAUUUCAUAUGUCAUCAUAUUUAUCAUACUGGCCCCAGUUGUUUGAAGGUUGGAUAACAUUAUUCACAGGAUAAAACUCUAUAUGGUGGUUAACACUAUACAUUUUGCUAACACUCAUCUGCCGGAAAGCAAUUUAUGCAUUGGGUUAUCUGAACUUUACACAACUGGGCCCUGAUGGAUAGAUUUAAGUUUUUUUUUUUUUAAUUCAUAGAUUUGAUUGAAUUUUUUAAAAUUCAUGUUCUGUAUCAAAUUAUUUGUGGAACUGAGUAUAAUUCUUAAGCUAAAGGGAGGAAUAUUUAUGGGACAUAAAUUUAUUCAACAAGCUAUGUAUUUCUGUCUAUGAAUAUCAAUUCUAAUCAAAAUUUAUGUUAUUUUUGUCCUACAGACUCUACAUAAAAUGGUGAGUGUAGAUUAAAGACAUGGUUUGAUCAAACACAGCUAGUAAAUUUUUUGCAUGUAAGGAAUGUGGCUUUGAAGUAAUUUCUUGUUGAUGUGUCUGUUUUCAUCUCUGUCUGCAAGGUUUGAUCACAAAUCAAUUGUUAGCCUCUCUAAGCCAAUCUCAAAGGGCAAAACUAACAGAAUAGGAUACCAUAUUUCCAUGUUUAAGCACCUACACAUAUUUGCACCCCUCUUCCAAAUAAGCACACAACCUUUUGGGUCAUAAUGUCAAACAAGCAGUCCUCUUGAAUAAGUGCCCCCCUCCUCCCUCCCCUGAGCUGAGGGCCACGAGGAAGACCUGUUUCUAUUUCCAUUUUAUAUGCAACUUUUGAAUAAUAACUGGAGAAUAGUUUCUUUUCUAUUCCAGUUACUUCUAUUUCCAUGUCCUUGCAGAGUUCCUUUAUGAGCAUUGUCUGUUCUUUCACAUAGUAUUUUUGUCUCAUUGGUACACUUAAUAAGCGCUUGCCUAAUUUAAGCCUGAAUUGUUAUAUAUGCACCUUGCACUUAUUCAAGAAAAUAUAGUAUGUUGAAAUAUGGAGGGAGCACUCUGCAUUUCGCAAUGAACACCUAGUGAAUGCAAAUAAUUAUCGCAAUUCCAUGAUUGUUUCUUAGUCCCCAACCUCCUUGAAGAUAACCCUUAGACAGUUACAAGAAGGACAACAUUUAAGUCUUAGUGACUGUUUGAAAAUGGAAUACAGGUUAACCCAGAGGUGUAUGGUGAGUGGAUCAUCCUUUAAUCAGCAUCAUAAUUGGGUGAACUCAUACUAACACUAUACUAAGAUGCCAUAAAUCUGAAAAUUUGGUGGAGUUUUGGUGGACAAGUGCUAGAACAUCAAAGGAAAUUCAGUAUUGGUUGAGUUUAUAACUCUUGUUUGACCCUUUUUUAAUAUCAGUUGUGAUUUUUUCCCUUUGUUGAGGAACAUUGUCCAUUACUGGGUGAUGUGCUUCUAAAUUACAAAAAUAGCAAAUUGGUAUAACAGAGACAGUCUUGCAUCAUGAUUGUGAUCAAGCUAGCCUACUUAGUACAAGUAAUUUAACAUCAGCAGACUUUUCCUGCUGGUUCAGUUUCUUAUGGCUAGUAGAAGUACAGUGAUGUCAUAAUUAGUUUUUAGGUAUUUCAGUUACUACUUAGUAAUUUAGAUCAGGUGCUUUAUUGCUCAGCUUGCUAGUACAUACACAUAAACUGCAUUUGAAUUUGAAGAAGCUAUUUUUUCCCCUCCCAUCCCUCCCAGCAACUUGUUUUGCUGGUCUUAGUAACUGUCCAGGUUUUCUUCCAUAUGGCCUUUUGAUUUUUUUGUUUAAUAUUUUGUUUGAGUAUUAUUGUAUUAUUAGCUUAUAUAUAUAUAUAUACACACACGCACACACAUAUAUAUAUAUAUAUAUAUAUAUAUAUAUAUAUAUAUAUAUAUAUAUACCUAUAUAUAUAUAACUAUAUAUACAUAACUAUAUAUAUAUAAGUAAAGAAGAAUCAAAGAGGACGAUCAUUCUGUUACUCUGAAUUUUGUGCUUUCUUUCUUCAUAUAUAUAUAUAUAUAUAUAUAUAUAAAAGAAUCUAAUUCCUUUCUUUCUUCAUUAUAUUUUACAAUUUCCCUGAUUAGGGACAGUGUUCAUGCAUGCAUGUAUUCCACCCUUGUAGCAGAUUGUGAACUUGUUCAGUUUGCAAUUUUUCCACAUCAUGAAAUUGCCUUUGCAUGUCUAGUACGUUAACCAAUGAUUUCUUACAACUCUCCACUCUGCAAAUUAUCCACAGCAGAAAUGUAGCUGUAUCACUCAUCAGCCAUGCUUUUUCAGAAUUAAUUUAAACAUUUUCAUUUGCAGGAGGACAAUGAUUUUUAUGAAGGAAUAAGAGCUGGUAAGAAGUGUUUUACAUUUUGUUGAUCUUAGUAACUGAAGUGAAUUUACUUUUCCACAUUCUGGUGAACCAUACUAAAUGACCUACUUAGUUCAUCGUAUUGCCCAUUUUGUGAAAAAAAAAAAUUAAAUAUAAGUUAUGUUCUAAGAAUUUGAUUGCACUUCCAUUGAAUCUUGCCUUUUUCUUUUAGUUUUAGUGGACAAAGAUAAUAACCCCAAGUGGAAGCCUGGAAGUUUGGCUGAUGUGUCAAACGACAAGGUGAACAGCUACUUUAAAACACUGGGAGACAGAGAACUUGUUCUUUGAUGUUUCAUGGUAACCAUCAGUUCUAUAGGGGAAAAAGACUCCAGGACAGAAUGAUGACUACAUGAAUUACUCUGGUGGAUGAAAGAAUGUGAACAGCCUCUACUUCUGCAAUAAAUUCCAUACUGUGUCAUAUUAUGGAUUGCUGUGUCCUCUUGAAUUUGUCUAACAAACCGAUCCUGUUAACUGAAUGAUUUAGGCAUAAAACACAUGCAGAUGGUUAAUCUAGGUCAAAGAACUUGUGUAAAAUUCAUUUUGAUCAACUUGUGAAAAAAAAGUUGGUUGAUGGUUGUGGAUGGAUUGUUUUGCAAAUUUUAAUUGGUGCUUGGGCUUGAGGAGAGGGUGAUGUGAAUGAGAAGACUGCAUGUAACUAUUAUUUUUAUGACCAAAAACAUUAAAUAACACUGCUUAUGAUUCUGUAUUU